UGUGCUUUGCCCCGGAAUAACUUGACCUUGUCCACGCUUCGCAGGUACGGUUUCCUCUAUGUCACUGUAUGUCAUGUAAUGUAAUGUGCGCUGGGCACUUCCCGGAAGAUGGCACACACCGGUUUGCUGCAGAGGCUGAACUGCCAGGAGUAUAAGAACUGGAUGAAAGCAGGACAGUGUUUGCUGCUGCUCAAAAAAUCCCUGCAAGAGUUUGUCGCUUCGGAGAUGCGUGUCUUCCACAAACAGCUCAGCAGCAGGAUCCCUCCUCCUAAAGCGAAAUGUCAGUGCAAAGCCAAAAGGAUGCAGUUUAAUCCCAGGUGUCCAGUUUGCGUGGAAUGGAAAAAUCAUAUUCUGGAUCAUCAUACUAACAGAAAUGGAGACGUACACUGGGGCAACUGUGAUCCAUCGAUGUGGUCUGGACAUUACUGGGAAGUGGCAAAGGCAUAUAUGCCACGUGGAUGCACAGACAAGAAAGAACCACAGGCAUGUGAUGCAUCAGCUCUUCUUAACCUGUUAACUACAUGUGAUCGCUUUAAAGGGCCUGACUUGUCUAAAGUUAGAGAGGUUAUUAAGUGUCGGAAUGAAUUAAUGCAUUCAUCUGACAUGAAAGUGUCAUCUGCUUGGCUCAAAGAUUUUGGAAAUAAGAUACAGAAUUUUGUUUCCGAAUUCAGACAUGUACCAGGCCUAAAGGAGGAAGGAAGCAAAAUACAAGCGGUGCUGCUGUCAAACUGGGCUAUUCUAGAACAGAGCAUGGAUACAUAUGAUGGUGUUACUUUAGAAUGUGAUGCAGCAGUCUCGCUUUCCCCAAUUUGCGACCUAGAAAUGUUGAUGAUAGAUGAGAUGCUGCAAGAGCUUUAUUAUCAGCUGGAGGAAGUGGAUACACUGUCAGAAAAGGAUUUGGAUAGUGUGCAAAAGAUGCAGAACUUCAUAUCAGAACAUAAAGAUCUUCAGUCUUUUUUUGAAGCUGAUAUUGACAAGCUUGCACUCCUACUAAAGAAGCAGACUGAAUUGAAAGUUGGUCCCAACCAAGAGUGAAUUCUACAAUUGCAAGAAGAGCUUGAUGGUCCAUCUGGAAUGGAGAGGCGAUGAAUUGUCAGAUGUUGGGGGUAUAACAAUCAUAUAUAUCACUGUAUAAUGAUACAUUUUCUCUAGUAAUUAGAAAGCAUAUGUGUCUUUUUAUUGACUUGUGGGUGACAUCUGUCCCUGAAAUAUAAUGGUGCAUUUAAUUCAGGGUCUGUCUCAUAGUUGUUUUCUUUAUAAAUAAAAAUGAGGCAGAAAGUAAAACAAACGUUUCUUCGGGACUUCCUGAGCUUCCAUGUAUUCAGAAUAUCCAUACAGGAACCAAGUGGGUCUUGUAAGUGGGGAUCCCCCUGUGUAGCUAUCCAAGCAUUUUGUCUUUGGUCAUUAUUCAGAAGUCUAGCUUUGUAAAUCAUGUUUACAUGUGAUAACAAGAAGCCAUUUAUGUUUGAAAAAAAGGAAAAUAAAAAAUAUAAAAAUAACUGACAUUUUUAUACUUACUGUAAGUCAACUUGCACAUGAUAUAAAUCCAUGUUUGAUUUUAUUUGAAAUAAAUCAACUGAUCAACUGAA